CAGUUGUCAUGGUAACAGCUCAGGCCAUCGCCAUUUUGUCAGAAGUUUUUUUUUUCUGCCGAUUCUUUUCAAAUAUUCUCCCUUCCCGCCGGAAUAAUGAAAUCACUGGAUAUACCAUUUACAUUUGUGUUGAAAACAUUGGGUCGAAUUGAUCGGAUUAAGAAAAUCAAAAGGCAAAUGAUUUAGCAUAGUUUCAAUAUAUUCGGGCGAAGCUACACUUACUCGCCUGCCCGUGUCUGUGGUCUACGUUACCGGGCCGGUUCACUGCGCAGGUUUGGAACGCGCGCCAUUUUGUGAAAAUUGACAUACAAAUUAUUGUCCAAAAUAAUCGUAUCUGUUAGGGCAGUAUAUUUGUUUAAUGUUUUUGAUGUCUUCGUUUUUUUUGUUAUGACUGCAUACGUCCGUUUUUUUUCCGUGUUGAACUAGCAAGAAUACGAACAAUAUUGAUGUAACAACAUUUAUUUAGCGGUUGAAUUGCUGUUGCUCGGGAGCUAGCGUUAGCUACAGUACAGACUCUUUCUGGCUACCGUUGCUAGUUAUCCACGUUAGUCAGGUAGCAUGCAAGUUAUCUACCUAAUGAGUUAGUUGGCUUUAGCUAGACAUCAACUGAUGGUCGUCGAAGUUGAGUGGACGCAUUUGGUCCUCAAUAAGUUUUACUCGGCUGGCCAAUCUUUUUGACUUGGCUGGCCAGUGGAGGAGACCAUCUUCGCGAUACGGGAAUUGGGGUGUCUGUGACUGCUAACGCUAACGUUAGCUGGCGACUGGGGAGUGGAGAAACUCAAAGUGGAUAAGUUGCCUCAUCAUACAGGUUAUUUGACUUUAAAUGAAGAUCGUGCCAUCAGAGUGGGUUGUGGUUUGCUGCUGGACUCUCCUCCACAGGAUGAUAUGACAUUUUACAGGAGACGAUGCAUCCAGGAGGAGAGACUUCAGCAUGCAAACCUUCGUCCGUCCGGCUUGCGCCCUCUUUUUCUUUCCACGCUGCUGGUCUUCAGAUGGCUGCUCCAAUGCCCCAUACGCACCAGCAGUACAGUGACCGCCACCAGCCGAGCACUGACCAAACUGCUGCGGUCCUACCAUAUAGCGAACAGACGCAACAGCUCACUGCCAACCCGAGGCACAUGCCCCAGUGCUUUCGUGACCCUACUUUGGCUCCCCUGCGGAAGCUCUCCAUAGAUCUAAUCAAAACUUAUAAACACAUCAAUGAGGUGUAUUAUGCAAAGAAGAAGCGACGACACCAAACGGGACAGGGUGAAGACUCCAGUCACAAGAAAGAGAGGAAGGUCUUCAAUGAUGGCUAUGAUGAUGACAACUACGAUUACAUCGUCAAAAAUGGGGAGAAGUGGAUGGACCGCUAUGAGAUUGACUCCUUGAUUGGCAAAGGGUCAUUUGGACAGGUUGUUAAGGCAUAUGACCGUGCAGAGCAGGAGUGGGUUGCCAUCAAGAUAAUCAAGAACAAGAAAGCUUUUCUCAAUCAAGCCCAGAUUGAAGUGCGCCUCCUAGAGCUCAUGAACAAACAUGACACAGAGAUGAAAUACUACAUAGUUCACCUAAAACGUCACUUCAUGUUCCGGAACCACCUCUGCCUGGUGUUUGAGAUGCUCUCCUACAACCUGUAUGACUUGCUGAGGAACACCAACUUCCGUGGAGUCUCUCUCAACCUGACCAGGAAAUUUGCCCAGCAGCUUUGCACUGCGCUGCUGUUCCUUGCCACACCUGAGCUCAGCAUCAUCCACUGUGACCUGAAGCCUGAGAACAUCCUGCUGUGCAACCCCAAAAGGAGCGCCAUCAAGAUAGUGGACUUUGGCAGCUCUUGCCAACUGGGACAGAGGAUAUACCAGUACAUCCAGAGUCGUUUCUAUCGCUCCCCAGAGGUGCUGCUGGGAAUGCCUUAUGACCUGGCUAUUGAUAUGUGGUCCCUGGGCUGCAUCUUGGUGGAAAUGCACACUGGAGAGCCACUCUUCAGUGGAGCGAAUGAGGUGGACCAGAUGAAUAAAAUUGUUGAAGUUCUUGGUGUCCCCCCUAAUCACCUUAUGGACCUAGCCCCAAAAGCCAGGAAGUUCUUUGAGAAGCUAUCGGAUGGCACAUGGAGCGUGAAGAAGACCAAAGAUGGCAAAAGGUAUAAGCCUCCAGCUUCUCGGAAGCUCCACUCCAUCCUCGGUGUGGAAGCCGGGGGCCCAGGUGGCCGCCGGGCAGGGGAGUCUGGCCAUGCUGUCGCUGACUACUUGAAGUUCAAGGAUCUCAUUCUGCGGAUGCUGGACUACGACCCCAAGAGCCGCAUUCAGCCCUACUAUGCCCUGCAGCACAGCUUUUUCAAAAAGACUGCAGAUGAGGGAACCAACACGAGCAGUAGCGUGUCCACGAGCCCAGCGCUGGAGCAGUCCCAGUCCUCUGGAACUACCUCUAGCACUUCCUCCAGCUCAGGAGGUUCUUCUGGGACAAGUACCAGCGGCAGAGCAAGGUCAGAUCCCACCCAUCACCACCUGCACAGUGGAGGGCACUUUGGCACGGCACUGCCACCCAUUGACGGUGACACCCUCUGUCCUCAGGCAAGAAAGCCUUACCCUCCCCCUUUGGUGUGGGGAGGCGGUGUUGGACCAGAGCCGGUGGCUGGAGAAACCCACCCAGUACAGGAGACCACCUUCCAUGUCCCCCCACAGCACCCCAAGGCCCUGCAUCCCCACUCCCACCCACAUCACCACGGGCAGGUGAUGGCCACCCGGCCCCGCCCGCGGCACUACGCCUCCCCCACACACAGCGCCUCCACACAGGACUCCAUGGAGGUGGUGCAUGGCCAUCUGUCAAUGACCUCCCUGUCUUCCUCGGCCUCCUCUUCCUCCACAUCUUCCUCUUCCACUGGGAACCAUGGCAACCAGACCUAUCAGCUCCGCCACCUGCCUACCGGUGCCCUGGACUUUGGGCACAACGGCGGGCUUAGCAUGGGGCUGGGUGCCUUCUCCAAUCCCCGGCAGGAGACAGGCAUGGCAGUGCACCCCGCAUACCCUAUGGGCACAAACACAGGGCCGGCCCACUACCUAGCAGAGGGCCAUCUGAGUAUGAGGCAGGGCAUGGACCGGGAGGAGUCUCCCAUGACUGGAGUGUGUGUGCAGCAGAGUUCCAUGGCCAGCUCGUGACUGCACUGACAUUUGGCUGUGUGUCCCCCUGUGCGUCAUUUUUGAGGUGGUGUUUUUUACUACAAGUGUGUCGAACAAAAGCUGCUCAUGUCAGAAGGGAGAUAUCACUGAACCGCUACUACAGAGAAGAACCUUUGUUAAAAGUAUAUAUGUAAUUUCCAUCAUUUUUACUUUUGCAAUCGUUAGGCUCAGUGGCUUAGUAAUAUUGCAGAAUAACCAUAGUAAAAUUGAGACCAUCUGCCAUUUCACAUAAUUCAUGUAACAAAUAACCACCAUCUGUUAUUAUAUGGCAAAAUCUUCUGGUGAGCAUUUUGGAAUAAAGUUGGAAGUUUUACAGGUAGCUGUCAGUAAUGAAAUGCUAACACAUCAUCUUAGUUCAAACUCCGGAACGUCUGACAUUUCUGUUCCACUGGUUGUUGAUUGUUUUACCCUUUUUAAAGUGAAAUUUCACAGAAGAGCUGCUUGUAAAACCUGUAGCUUGACCAGGACAAAAGUGUUUGCGGUGAUAUUUCGUGUUGUCAGUUGGUAUUAUAUAACUCUGUGUGAGUGAGGAGCACAUAGCAGUGAAGUUCUCUAGUGUGUGCUGGCCCAGACAGUGGAUGGGAUGCCCCCGCAGGUGGAAGAUACCCACUUGAAUUGAUUCGGGGAGUUCUGGGGAGAGGGUAGCCGUACCCCCCUCGGGACCAGAGCCCCUGGGGCACUGUAAGCUGGGUCCAGCCCUGCCCUGGCACAGUCGAGAGCAGAGAUGGGAUAUGGAGACAGAAGGAUUUGGCCCAUUGCGGGGAAGACUGGUUGUCAGUCAUCGGUUCUGAGAUAAGAUAACCCUUUGGCCUUACGACUCUGGACUUGGAACGGGAUGGAGCUGGACAUUAUCAUUUGAAUUAAGCUGGCUUUCCUCUAUUUUUAUCUCUAGACAGCCCUUAAUUCUUAAAAGAGAAUUAACAACAUAGAAAAGGUAAUUAAAAUGUUUUUGAGGCCUUUCUCUACAAAGAUUUAUCAUUAAUGGGGCCCCACAUAACAGGGUCUUCUUGUACACACCAACCUCCUAAAUAUGACUUCCUUAAUGUUAAGGAUUUUGCAGUAGAAAGAACUAUCUGUUCCAGAGUCCCUACUUUUUUUGGUUACUUUUCCCCGUUUGCAUGUAGUUCCUCAUCUGAACACCUGCACAAAUGUCUAUUCAUCCUAAACAUUGAAACUAAAAAUAAUUGAGUUAAGUGACUGCCUUUUUUUCUCCUCAAAUUAUGCUGUGAAUUAUACAAGAAUUUAUUUUCCCUUUUUGGAUAUUUUUUUUAUACCAAAGCAGUUGUUUUAUAGCAUUUUAGGUGUCUGUAACCAAUAAUGUAGCAGUUCACCACUUUUGACGCAAAGUUUAUCAAGAUCUUAUUUUAACGUCAAUACAAAACAGCUGCAAUAUAUUGCUUUAGCAAAACUGGAAACUGUUGUUGAACUUAACUGUUAGCUACCUUAUAUUCUGAGUAGAUUUUGUUGCAAAAUGUUGACAAACUUGUUUCCAUAUUAAUUGGUAGGUUAUUUUUGGGAGUCUUUUUAAACCUGGGUAUGUUUAGAGACAUUGGUAGUUACUCUGCAGGCUCCGGAGUAGCAGAAUUUUUGAAGCUGAUGGUUCACGGAGACAACUGCAUUCUAUUUCUGCACCCCCCCCCCCCCUCCCCACGGAUACUAUUUCAAAGGGUUUAGCUGCUUUUCAUACAUCAUUUGGUCAACAUGCUAGCUACUGCCAUGAAACUCAAGACUAUUUUAGUCUCAUUAUCCUGGUAGUGUAUAGACAGUUGCAGUAAAUCUGAUUUUCUAAAUUAUUUGGAGUAAUUUGGCAGGGCAUCUCCUUGUAAGCCUGGCCCUAUUCAAAGGGAAAGGGUGUAUGUCAGCACUCUUACUAACAUCCUGAACAUGCGUGCUCAACUUAGGCAGACAUGCAUGUCCAUAAAACUUUAGAACAGGCGUUUUUAUUUUAAAUCAGGGAUUAUGAAGUGCUUAUUUUGUCUGUUUUGUUUUUUGUCAACUCUGGAAAAGUAACAAGACCAAAGUCCUGCUCAUAACAGCCUAAGUUAAACACAGACUGCAGGACACCCUUUCAUCAUAAUAUUUCAGAGGAGAGACCAUCACAAGGGCAAAUCAUGCUUGGUAUAAUGGCAAACUCAAAUGUAAAGCUACCUGUAAUUAUAUUUUUGUUCAUCUGAAUGUUAAGGUUAUAAUCAUAAUCAUUUUUCAUACCCCCCAUGAUUUGAAAUUCAGAAACUGGCAGUGGUUUUGCUGGCACUCAUACUGGUACUAAACAUUCCAAAAUAAAGAUUACAAAAAUGUACUUGAGUGACUCUUAAGUGUGCGCCUGUUUAAGAUCAUGCUGAUUGACCUCUGAUCUAGUGCAGUUGUCAUGAAAUGCAGCCCCUUUUUAAUAGUUGAAAUAGAAUUUAUGUAUAUAAUUAUAUUUUUUUAAUAAAGGAAGUAUAGAACGCACUACCUUGCUCCUGCUGGUAUGUUGAUUAUGUUUGUCAAUUUUGGUGACCAUCUAGUGGGCAGGCUCUCCUCUGUUUUCGUAGUCAGUGGUGUAACGUGGCCUUUGGGCAAAGGUACUUGACUACAUCAGGACAACAUUAUGAGGUAGGGUUUGAAUCAAAUUGGAAAAGUAACAUCUUCAGACCUUAAUUUUCACAGGGUAUAUUGUAAGUGCAUGUACAUCUACAAACCUGACUUUUUGGUUGUAUGAGAAGCACAUGGUUGAAAAAAGUGGUUCCAUUUUCCACAAGGCUGUUAUGUUGGUGGGUUUCACACAAAUGUUUGAGUAUUUGUUAUCAUAUCCUUCACCCUGCAGUUGCCCAAGUCCUCUGAUUUCAGUUGAAUAUACUUUCCUUAAUUUUUUGAUUUCACACGAUCACAUCUUUUGUACACGCAACAUGCACUAUAAAACUGAACAGCAUGGGAAAGGAUAAGUCCAUGUAUCCACAGAUUGUAAGAUCUAGUCAAGACUUUGCUGUGUAUAUGACAAUGCCCUUUGUAUUAUAUUAAGACAGUCUUAUGUAUGAUAUAAAAAGAAGUUAAUUGAA